UCUGUUCGAGUUAAAAACGCACCCUACCUUUGGGUCAAUCGAGGCGUUGUGCCCAUCCGCUGGCAUCAACAUGCUCCCGCAAAUUCUAGUUCUGUACCUAUGCUUUAGGUCCAGUAAUUCAGCCUACGUUUCCGUUCAACCGCAAUAUGCGCAUACAGCUGGAGUGAACUACGUCGGUGGUCACACUCAAUACCAUUCCGGUUAUUUGACAAACGCAGCAAGAUAUCCGAAUCAAGUGCAAGCUGUCCAACUGAUUGGAAACCCAUCGUACCAAACGUACCCUUCUUACUAUCCGUACAAUCUACCAUCUCCUGCGGUAUCAUAUGCACCGCAUCCGUUUCAAACCUACGGUCAUGCUGGACCAGUAGUGUACGGCGGUGUUCAACGACCGUCCGUUGUAGCUUAUGCUCCACAACCUGUCUACCCAGUCGUAACUCCUCAUCAGGUUCCUGCGGUUCAUCCAGUUCAUAUUCCGGCGGCACCCGUCGUUCCUGUUCACGUGCCUAUAGCACCUGUAAAGCCAGUUACCACAGUAACGAAAGUAGCCUCAGUUACACCCGUUACAACCACCGUUACCAAAACUGUUACUAGAGAAGAAGAAACAUUUUCUUCUAGCACAGAGAAUCCUCUUCCGGUAAUAAAAUCACGCAGAUACAAAGUCAGAAGGCCAGCAAUCCAGAACCAGUUCUAUGACAUCGAAGAAAGGGUUAUCAUUCGGCCUGUUGGAAGUGCUCUUGUCGAACUGGAACAACCAGCAUCUAGAACAGAAACAAAAGUCACUUCACACACUAUUCAGACACAAACAAAUAGAGGUAACAGCGGACCAGGACGAGCAAUUAUUACUGGAACGACAACCGUGACUCAAAAGCCGCAAAUAAUACAUACUGUUUAUCAGCAGACUCCAGUCCAACACACUCCAGUAGUUGCUCCACAUCCUGUGAUUAUUCAUGCCAGCAAUGCAGGCCAUGUUGUUCCUCAACCUGCCUUCCAUCAUGUGCAGCCGCCUGUACCUGUAUAUGUUAAUCAUGUCCAACCAGUUUAUGUUCCAGUAACACCAAUUCCAGUUAGUACUACUGUCACAACAUUCAAACCAGUUCAUCAUGUAACUACACCAAUUGUAACGACACCUGCGCCAACUACAGAUUCUUCUUCAUCCACAAGCUUCGACUACGAUGACUCCGUGGUAGUUGAACCACGUGGAAGCGGUUCGACGUAUCAUGUGGUGUCCACCACCGAGGCACCAUUGGAUCACUCGACCUUAGAUGCUACCGCAAAAUACAGAAUUUGCGACGAAGUUUCGUCUGACGAUCAGCCAAAACGGGGUGAUAUUGCAAUCACAUAUGCCUCCACUGAGGCAACGCAUCAGAGCCUUUCCGAUGCGAAUCGUUCAACUGAAUCGGAAUCAACAGCAAAUCCAAACUUAUCCGUAUCAGCAACAUAUAAAAACGUUCAGGUUAGCUCUCGCAUCGAUGUCGAAGAACAAAAUCAAUCACAAUCGACAGUAAGGGAGAGACAGCAAUCUCAAACUCGCAGUGGAAAGAUUAAUGAAAUCACGGCAACUUCCCCAAGAGUCAUUAUUGCUAAUAGCCUCUCUGCAGACCAAGCACGUUCCAACCAAGAUCAAUUCAUUCGACUACUGUCAGAAAGAGAUUCUAUCUCGGAAGUAGCUUAUGGACCAAAUACUGACACCUCAAGCAGUUUAAUCAACACCUAUGUCCGGAGUCGCGUUUUAUCGGCAACACCUGCCCCACAUGACGCAAAAGGAUCUAGCAGAACCGUCAAUAUCCGAAGAAUAAUUGUAUCCCGACCGAUCGAAACUGAACAAGAGGUCGAAGUAAGAGAGCACACAUAUCCUGCGCAUUCCACCACACAUCAAGUCACAUCCAGCAGUGAUCAGGUUCCCGUCUACACGACGAUCAAACCACCAGCAUUUGCCAACGAUGAUGCCAAAUAAGACAUUUCUAAACUGCAUUUACUCGCCAUAAACAGAAAUAAACGUCCAUUGUUACCGACA